AUGGAUCCAACGCAUGAUCCAAAUUUCGUUCCUCCGUCUUCGAACCCGCAGAUGGAGCCUCCAGCUCCUUCCAACAAGAUCCCGCCGCUUGGCCCGAUACAACCAUACGUGUUAGCCGACUACCUCGAGCCCAUUGACCAACCCGCACCUCAUCCCUCCAAGGAUCACAAGGUGAAGAAACAUCAUUCCAAGGAGUCAGGACUUUCCUCCGAACACUCGGAGUCGCACUCAAAGAUACCGCGUAUUCCCACCGAAUUGCAGCCUUUGAGCUCCAGCGACAGUGAGAAUGAUCCUCGCGAACAGCCUCUUUCCACGGCAUAUAGCAGCUAUAGCCAAUCUGAGGAUGGAAUAUAUAUGGCUUCAAAUUCAGCGGCUCGGGAGUUGGACGAAAGAGUUUCCGGUAACGGCAAUAUUGCCAGAGUGCACUCAUUCCAGAUAGCCGACCUUGAAGAGGUUCCCCACGGUGUCCAGAGACAGUCCAAGAGCCUCACGGGUUACCAGUUCCCGUCCCAUAGACUUGCUACGCAUCUUGAAGACCAGACGAAAUAUCCUCUCGUGGUUGUCGCAUGCGGAUCGUUCUCGCCAAUCACCUACCUGCAUCUGCGGAUGUUUGAGAUGGCGCUUGACUCGAUUCGCGAGUCUACCCGGUUCGAAGUGGUGGGCGGUUACUACUCUCCCGUUUCGGACAAUUACCAUAAACAGGGCCUGGCUCCGUCUUAUCACCGGGUGCGAAUGUGCGAGCUUGCGUGUGAGCGUACCUCGUCAUGGCUGAUGGUUGAUGCCUGGGAGAGUCUCCAACCGAAAUACACCCGUACAGCGCUGGUACUGGACCAUUUCAAUGAAGAGAUCAACGUGAAGCGUGGAGGUAUCCGCACAGCUGAUGGAACCUACAAGGGUGUAAAGAUCAUGCUGCUUGCAGGAGGAGACCUCAUCGAGUCUAUGGGAGAACCCAAUGUAUGGGCCGACCAGGACUUGCACCACAUACUGGGCAGAUACGGUUGUUUGAUAGUAGAAAGAACUGGAUCAGAUGUGCGGAGCUUUCUUCUUUCUCACGACAUCAUGUAUGAGCAUCGAAAGAACAUCUUGGUGAUCACCCAGUUGAUCUACAACGAUAUCAGUUCCACCAAGGUGCGACUGUUCCUUCGGCGUGGAAUGAGUGUGCAGUAUCUGUUACCGAACUCGGUCAUUCGCUAUAUCCAGGAGCACAAUCUUUAUAUCAACGACAAGGAGCCUGUAAAGCAGGUGAUGAGUGAUCGGCUUGAUUGA